CUUUUAGUUAUGGUAUUAUUUUCUAUGGCAACACGAAGCUUAUCGAUGAACAAAUGAAAUACGGCAACGUCACGCUAGGAUUGAAGUUCGCCAAGUAAUUAUUUGGCGUUAUAAAAAUUAUAAUAGUUCUUAGAUUCUAACAAUAAAUUUUGAAUAAAAUGGCAGAUAAUAAAAGCCCUGAUGAUUUAUCGACCGCGAUCCUCCGUCGCAAGGACAGACCCAACCGUCUCAUUGUCGAAGAAGCAGUCAGCGAUGACAACUCAGUCGUGGCACUUUCACAGGCCAAAAUGGAGCAACUUCAACUCUUCCGUGGUGACACAGUCUUGCUCAAGGGCAAACGCCGCAAGGAAACCGUUUGCAUCGUGCUCUCAGACGAUAAUUGCCCUGAUGAGAAAAUUCGGAUGAACCGUGUUGUGAGAAACAACCUUCGUGUGCGUCUUUCUGAUGUGGUAUCCAUCGCUCCGUGUCCUUCAGUGAAAUAUGGAAAACGAGUCCACAUACUGCCAAUUGAUGAUUCAGUUGAGGGUCUUACUGGCAAUCUAUUCGAAGUAUACUUGAAGCCGUACUUCAUGGAGGCUUACCGUCCGAUCCAUCGUGACGACACCUUCAUGGUCCGCGGGGGCAUGCGCGCCGUCGAGUUCAAAGUGGUCGAAACAGAUCCAUCACCAUUUUGCAUCGUGGCUCCUGAUACCGUAAUACACUGUGACGGUGAACCGAUUAAACGUGAGGAAGAAGAGGAAGCACUAAAUGCUGUCGGCUAUGAUGACAUCGGCGGUUGUCGCAAACAACUGGCGCAAAUUAAGGAGAUGGUGGAGUUGCCACUGCGUCAUCCUUCACUGUUCAAGGCUAUUGGAGUGAAGCCUCCACGCGGCAUUCUCAUGUAUGGGCCGCCUGGUACCGGAAAAACACUCAUUGCUCGUGCUGUUGCUAAUGAAACAGGAGCUUUCUUCUUUUUAAUUAAUGGACCGGAGAUCAUGUCUAAGCUGGCGGGAGAAUCGGAGUCAAACCUCCGUAAGGCGUUUGAGGAAGCCGACAAGAACUCUCCGGCUAUUAUCUUCAUUGAUGAACUCGAUGCUAUUGCACCAAAGAGAGAGAAAACCCACGGUGAAGUGGAAAGACGUAUCGUUUCACAGUUAUUGACGCUUAUGGAUGGCAUGAAGAAGUCGUCCCACGUGAUCGUGAUGGCGGCCACGAACCGGCCGAACUCCAUCGACCCGGCGCUGCGGCGCUUCGGGCGGUUCGACCGCGAGAUCGACAUCGGCAUCCCCGACGCGACCGGCCGCCUCGAGAUCCUGCGCAUACACACCAAGAACAUGAAGCUAGGAGACGACGUCGAUCUAGAACAGAUCGCAGCAGAGUCUCACGGUCACGUGGGCGCUGAUCUCGCGUCUCUGUGCUCGGAGGCAGCCUUGCAGCAGAUUCGUGAGAAGAUGGAUCUCAUUGACCUCGAGGACGAUCAGAUUGACGCAGAGGUUCUCAAUUCUCUGGCUGUCUCCAUGGAUAACUUCCGGUACGCAAUGACGAAAUCGUCUCCGUCGGCGUUACGUGAGACAGUGGUGGAAGUUCCCAACGUGACGUGGACCGACAUCGGCGGGCUGGAGGGAGUGAAGCGUGAACUCCAAGAACUCGUGCAGUAUCCGGUCGAACAUCCCGACAAAUUCCUGAAGUUCGGCAUGCAGCCUUCGCGCGGUGUUCUCUUCUACGGACCUCCUGGUUGUGGUAAAACUUUGCUGGCAAAGGCCAUCGCCAACGAGUGUCAGGCUAACUUUAUAUCAGUGAAGGGACCAGAGCUGCUCACCAUGUGGUUCGGCGAGUCCGAGGCGAACGUACGCGACAUCUUCGACAAGGCUCGAUCGGCAUCUCCGUGCGUGUUGUUCUUCGACGAGCUGGACUCCAUCGCCAAGUCGCGCGGCGGCUCCGUGUCGGACGCGGGCGGGGCGGCGGACCGCGUCAUCAACCAGAUCCUCACCGAGAUGGACGGCAUGGGCGCCAAGAAGAACGUCUUCAUCAUCGGUGCCACAAACAGACCGGACAUCAUCGACCCGGCCAUCCUGCGUCCCGGCCGUCUGGACCAGCUCAUCUACAUCCCGCUGCCGGACGAGAAGUCCCGCGAGGCCAUCCUGCGCGCCAACCUUCGCAAAUCGCCUAUCGCUAAGGACGUUGACUUGUCUUACAUCGCCAAGGUGACGCAAGGCUUCAGUGGCGCUGACCUGACGGAGAUAUGCCAGCGAGCCUGCAAGCUGGCCAUUCGCCAGGCCAUCGAGGCGGAGAUCCAUCGCGAGAGGAGUCGCCAGCAGCAAGCCGCCGCUGCCGUUAUGGACAUGGACGAGGAAGACCCCGUUCCGGAGAUUAGCCGCGCUCACUUCGAGGAGGCGAUGAAGUUCGCGCGCCGCUCCGUGUCCGACAACGACAUCCGCAAGUACGAGAUGUUCGCGCAGACCCUGCAGCAGAGCCGCGGCUUCGGAACCAACUUCAGGUACCUGCCGCACUGUACUGUAAUAGUUCUAAAGGACGUGCCAACUUUAGGUACCUACCGCACUACAGUAAUACUCCUAAGGGACAUGCCAACUUCAGGUACGUACCGUACUACUGUAAUACUUUUAAGGUACGUGCCAACUUCAGGUACGUACCGCACUACUGUAAUACUUCUAAGGGACGUGCCAACUUCAGGUACAUACCGCCUACUGUAAUACUUCUAAGGGACGUGCCAACUUCUGGUACAUACCGCCUACUGUAAUACUUCUAAGGGACGUGCCAACUUCAGGUACAUACAGCACUACUGUAUUACUUCUAAGGGACGUGCCAACUUCUGGUACAUACCGCACUACUGUAAUACUUCUAAGGGACGUGCCAACUUCAGGUACCUACCCCACUACUGUAAUACGUCUGGAUGGACUGUGGGGUUUAUUUCAUUUCAAGACUGACCCAAUAUCUCAAGAUCAACAAUGUUAAUUAAUUUAGACACCAGCGGGCUAGUUAUUUAGAUUAUUUUAAUUCGUUUCAGAUUCCCAACAAACGCGGGAGCUACAGGGGGCACGGGUACUUCAGCGGGCGACCAGCCCACGUUCCAGGAGGAGGGGGGUGACGACGACCUGUACAGCUAAACUGUGUCUCGCUCGCGACCUCGGGGCAUCUCCACCAUCUCGAUAGACCAGAACUAACGUCCUGUCUGUUUGUCCUGCGUGUCGCCCCACCACACCAACAUGGCGCCUGGCCCCGGCCGGUUCACGUAUGCGAUAGUGACGCAGACAUCGGACGUGUAGUUCUAAACAUACGGCGGCGUCGCGACUAGAUAUAUAUAUAUAUAGUUUUAAAUAAAAGAAAAGAAAAAAAUACAAAACCGGCGCGCGAGUCUGACUGCGCGUCGCAGUCUCAUAAAAUUCACGUGUCUAAUGUAAAUUUAAUUUAUAGUUAAUCAUUCUCCACUCGUUUAGUUAUUGAUGUUUGUGUAAUGUAUGGCCCGAACUAGUGGCUCGUAAGUUCAUAUUGUAUGUUGUCGGGUAGCUGCUAUACUUACUGUAUCUGCGCCCGGUCCUCGGUAACGUUGCCGACUUCACGAUGUUCAGUGAUUUUAAUUAAAGGUUUUUUAUAGACUAAA